AUGGCGUCUUUGCUCAAGCACAUCGUCAAGAACGAUGCCAUGGUUAAUGAUCCUCACGAGAUCUACAACUGGCGAGUAUACCUCCUGGCUGGAUCAGCUUGUUUUGGUGCCAUGUCUUUUGGAUGGGAUAGUGGUGUGAUUGGUGGUGUGAUCGAACUGGAAAACACCUUCCAGCCUGAUUAUGGUUUGAAAGGUGAUAUCCUUGCCAUCGCUAAUCUCAAAGGCAACAUUGUCUCUGUUCUUCAAGCAGGUUCCUUCUUCGGAGCCCUUGCUGGUUUUCCCCUUCCCGAUAUAAUUGGUCGGAAGUGGUCUCUCAUCUGGGCCGCUAUUUGUAUCCUGCUGGGAGUCAUUAUGCAAUCAGCAGCGUCUGGUCAUGUUGAGGUCCUCUAUGUCGGUCGACUUAUUUCAGGUUUUGGUGUUGGUGUCGCCAGCGUCGUCAAUCCUAUCUACGUAUCCGAGAACGCACCCCGAGCUAUCCGUGGUCUGCUCACUGGUCUGUAUCAGCUCUUCAUUGUGACUGGCGGUAUGCUUGCCUUUUGGAUCAACUAUGGUGCACAACUCAACUUGACUGGCAAGUCGCAAUACGUUAUCCCUCUCGCGGUGCAAGGAAUUCCGGCGAUUCUCCUCAUGUCUUUGAUGUUGAUUAGUAACGAGUCUCCACGAUAUCUCGCCCGAAAGGACAGAUGGGAAGAGGCCAGGAGGGUGCUCAAGACAGUGCGAAAUCUGCCGGAUGGCCAUGCUUAUCUCGAAGAGGAGAUGCAAGAAGUUGCCGAUCAACUCAACUACGAGAGACAACUCAUGGGUGACGCUACGACCUUGUCACUCCUUAAGGAGAUGUUCACCGUUCCUACCAACCGCAAACGUGCACUUCUCAGUAUCUUUCUCAUGGUGUGGCAGCAGAUGACCGGUACCAACGCCAUCAACACAUAUGCGCCUACUAUAUUCAAACAGCUCGGCAUCAAGGGAACUACAACCUCAUUGUUCAGUACUGGUAUCUAUGGUGUAGUCAAAGUUAUCUCUUGCACUAUCUUCCUGCUGUUCAUGGCCGAUUCCCUCGGGCGUCGACGAUCGCUGCUUGUGUCCUCCGUAGGACAGUCUAUCUGCAUGUUUUACAUUGGUCUGUAUGUCAGGAUUUCGCCACCCGCUGAUAAUGCCCCAAUCACUCCUCAAGGAUACGUUGCGCUAGCCGCCAUUUUCAUCUUUGCCGCAUUCUUCCAAUUUGGCUGGGGCCCGGCCUGCUGGAUCUACGUAUCCGAGAUCCCUACUCAGCGUCUCAGACCUUUGAACGUGGCUCUAGCUGCUGCUACCCAGUGGCUCUUCAACUUUGUGGUUGCAAGAGCUGUCCCUAACAUGAUUGCCACUGUCGGCGCACAUGGAUACGGUACCUACCUUAUCUUCGGUAGCUUCGGUGUUAUCAUGUUCUUUUUCGUCUGGUUUCUCGUUCCAGAGACUAAGGGAUUGUCACUAGAAAUGAUGGACUCGCUCUUUGGAGGGGCUAGCCUGGAUGAGAAGCACGAGGUCGCUGCAGAUCAUGAGAAGUCUGCCGCGACGGCUAUCGAGAUCGAAGAGCACUCAGACCGUCGUGUUUAG